GAUAAUGCUAUUUAUCACAAUGACGGCACAGACAACGCUUGUUUUGUGCUUGCUGACGAAGGCGGCUUGGGGCGAGAUGAAAUUUCCACCUGGCUUCAGAUUCGGGGCUGCAACCGCUGCUUAUCAGAUCGAAGGUUCCUGGAACGUGAGUGAUAAAGCCGAGAGCGUAUGGGAUAGGUUUACACAUGAACAUAAAUAUUACGUGGACUCUGGAAGCAAUGGUGAUGUCGCCUGCGACUCCUACAACAGGUGGAAGGAUGAUGUACGAAUUGCAAAGGAGUUGAACUUACACUUCUAUAGGUAUGGUUGGUUUUUUUUAACUUACGCUGGCAAAUGAGGAAUUUAUG